CCCUCCCCACAGCUCACUGUCAGUCUGUCACAGCACGGCCGCCUCAAAAGUCGUAACUCUCCAGUCCAGGCUUCACCCUCUAGAGUUGCGACGGGCAUGAGCUCCGCGGCGGCGGCGAUGAUGGGGGCGGGGAAGGUGGUGUGCGUCACCGGCGCGUCGGGGUACAUCGCGUCCUGGAUCGUCAAGUUGCUCCUCGCCCGUGGAUACACCGUCCGCGCCACCGUGCGGGACACCGCUGAUCCAAAGAAAACAUUGCACCUGAGUGUGUUGGAUGGAGCUAAGGAUAGGCUGCACUUCUUUAAAGCAAGUCUGCUAGAAGAGGGCUCUUUUGAUGCUGCAGUUGAUGGCUGUGAAACUGUGUUCCAUACUGCUUCUCCCUUUUAUCACAAUGUCAAGGAUCCUAAGGCUGAGUUACUUGACCCAGCAGUUAAGGGAACACUCAAUGUUCUUGGUUCAUGCAAGAAAGCUUCUAUCAAAAAGGUGGUUGUAACAUCAUCCAUUGCUGCUGUUGCCUACAAUGGGAAGCCAAGAACUCCUGAAGUUAUAGUUGAUGAGACAUGGUUUUCUGAUCCACAUAUUUGUGAAAAGAAUCAGCAAUGGUAUGUUGUGUCCAAGACGCUUGCAGAGGAGGCUGCUUGGAAGUUCUCUAGGGAUAGCGGAUUUGAGAUUAUUACGAUAAACCCAGCAAUGGUUAUUGGACCCUUGCUGCAGCCUACACUAAAUACUAGUGCUGAAGCAAUCCUAAAGCUAAUCAAUGGGUCAUCGUCUACAUAUCCCAAUUUCAGCUUUGGAUGGGUGAAUGUUAAAGAUGUUGCCCUGGCACAUAUCCUCGCAUAUGAAGUUCCCUCAGCAAAUGGAAGAUAUUGCAUGGUCGAAAGAGUUGUUCACUACUCAGAAGUUGUCAACAUCAUCCGGAAGAUGUAUCCCACAAUUCCUCUUCCAGAGAAGUGUGCAGAUGACAAACCGUUUGUCCCAACGUAUCAGGUAUCAAAGGAGAAAAUAAGAAGCUUAGGCAUCGAGUUGAAGUUGAUUCCACUGGAGACGAGCAUCAAGGAGACCAUCGAGAGCUUAAAAGAGAAGGAUUUGUUCGUUUUGACUAGCAAUCUGUGAAACAGAAAAAGGCAAAAGCUUGAUAUUGCAAGAUCUGUGGCAUGUACCAGACUGCACUUCACAUGGUAUGCCUAGAAGUUUCUUGGCCUGUAACUGUACGGUGAUCUGAAAUAAACGAGGCAUUAUGUAGUUUUCGGACCUGUUAUAUGUUUAGAGGCGGAUGGAUAACUCGAUUUGGGGAUGGAAAUGAUGUUUCCAGCCUGACUAUAGCUAUUCAAGGACGCUAUGCCUUAGCAACCGAUA